UUCAUUUGUAUUUCUGCUCAUGUGCGAAUUGUGUUAAAAAUGUAUUUUGCAUUUACGUUGAAGUGAAAUUGGUGGGUUUGGAUGAAAAAACUCCAAUUGUCAAAGGAGAGAAUCCUUCCUUCUCCAAGUUAACUUAACAAUUUUAACAAAUAAAUAGUCCAGAUGGAUUAAAAUUGACAAUAUUAUAUUGCAAUGCUCGUUUUCAUUUACAUACUCAAUUUAACAAUGUGAAUGUUACAGAUAAAUGUUUUUUGUGUCAGUAUUGUUGUGAAUUACAAUUACUUUGUAAGUAUAUUAUUUAUAUAAAAUUUUUCAUCUCUAUUAAAAUAAAUUAGCUGAAGAGUAAUUUUCGGUGAGUGAAAUUUGUGGAGAGUAUUCACCCACAAAUACUUGAAAUUAAAGUGACUCAACUUUAAUUACAAUCACAAUCAUCUCUUUUAAAAUUAGAAUUACUAGACAAUAUUUCAUACGUAUUAUUACUUAUUUACAUUUUCUGCUGCUUAUUCUCUUGUGCUGCUGCACAAUGAGUCGUACUAAACUUGAGAUUUAUUUUUGGACUUCUUGCUCUUCGUCUGUCUGAUCAACUUUCUCUGCACACUGGACUGCUUUCUUUUGCCGCACUUUCUUUUCUUUAUCGCCCCCAUACCAACUUUUUGGCGGAACUACUUGAUUUAUUCUUGUUUUGUGGCUUAAUUACUCGUCGAAUUUUCUUUGCAGUGUGGGAAAUUGAGUGCGAUUUACUUAACGGUAUCAACAUGUCGUCGUCGUCACUCUGUAUUUCAUAUAAAUCUUCGCCACUUUCAGUUUGUGUUAAUUUAUUUUUUUGUGGUUUCUUAUCCAUCAAAUAGCAGGCAGAGUUUGAUGAAUCGCCCACUUAUUCUAAAUUUUCACAAAAACCUGCCAUGAUAAUUCAAAUUCGUUUUCGGAUUAAUACACUAGAAUAAAAUGUCUUUGAAUAUGCAAAAUAACUUAUGAAUUGGUGCAUAGGAGGUAUCAUCAGUGGUACUGAGAGCAUGGUUUCGGAUUUAAACUAUUGUCUGGUCACUGUAGUAUCAUGUAGUUAAUUAUUAGAUCUACAAAUUAAUCUUGAGUCUCUUACAUUUAUGGAACCCCCAAAGUCAAAAAGGUCGCGGCCAUCACACAUCGUCGUACUAACAUGUCGUCGUACUAAUUCUAAAAAGUCCUAUGUGCAGGCGAUGCUUAAUUUUAAAAAGUCGUAUGCACAGUUUAUUUGCAUGUUAUUCUUGUGCACAUAGGACUUUUACAAAUUAAGGAUCGACUGCACAUAGGCCUUUUACAAAUUAUCCGUCUACUGCACAUAGGACUAUUUAUAAUUAGUACAACGGCAUGUUAGUGUAUUUCCCAAACGCCCUCAUAUCUAGUGAAACACAAAAAUUAAAAUAUUUGCAAUACGUAUGAUCAGCUUAAUUGUUUGAUUUAAUAAUUUAGUUUCCGGUGUUGAGGGUAUUUACUACGAUUUGUCUAGCACAUCGCAUCAAACCCGCAUAUGCCCAACUUUGCAAAUCGAUUUUCCGAAUUUUAUUUUCCUAAACUUUCUGAUAACUUGGGAACUUUUUUAUUGUUUUUUAUUGUUGCCAAAUUUCAUGCAUACACUCUCAAUAAUUUUUGUCAAUAUUGUCACCGGCUGUAGGUACUAUGCAAUUCUACCACUUCGGUAAUAAUUUAUCACCGAAGGGUAACAUAUACACAGAGGCUAAAUCCCGCUCAGCCCCCAUUGUGUCCGCUCGGGUAACAAAAUCGGAGGCAAUUUGUUACCCACAGAAGACAAUUUGUUACUAUAAUGUUACCACGCGGUAGAAUUGCAUAGUACCUACAGCCGGUAACAAUAUUGUCAAAAAAUUAUUGAGAGUGUAUCGACCGCACAACGCCGUAAUUAGGGCAUGACGACCAAAUUUGCCGUCGAAACCUUAAUCGCCAUAUUGCGACAUGUCGAUAACACCAAAAAACAUGUUUCCCCCAAAUUUCAUGCCAAUCGCCCAAAAAAUGCUGAAAUUAGGCCAUGCCGACAAAGCAUGUCGAAAAAAGUGUCGAAACCUUAAUCUCCAUAAUGCGACAUGUCGACAAUACCAAAAAACAUGUUUUGCCCAAAUUUCAUGCCAAUCGCCCAAAAAAAUGCCGAUAUUAGGGCUUGGCCACGUUUUUCGACAUGAUGUCGACAAAGUGGCCACACCCCCUUAAUAGGGUGUCACCCAACCCCCGUGAUGAACAUGUGUUAAAAAUUUCAGGUCGCUGCGACAAACCGUUCUAGAGUUUUAGUGUUGAUAGACGGACAGACAGACAGACGGACAGACGGACAGACAGACUAACUAACCGAUCACAUAAAGUAGCUUACGCUAUUUAAUAAACAAAAAUUAAUAGUACUAAAUUCAAUUUCAUAGAUUUUCCAAAAAUUAACCAGAUUAUUUGUACCUAACACAGCCGAUGGGGCACAGCCCACGGGAUCGGGGGCCCCAAUUUGCCCUGCCUACCCCAAGUCUCGCCACUGGAAUUGCAGCUUUGCUUGAAAUAUUUAUAGUUUUGCAUUUCUAUACUCAAAAUAAUUCGGUAAUAAGCGAUUUACCGGCGGUGAUUAUACAUAUGUGACUCUACCGCCAUGGUAAUAAAUGUGUUACCGCAGGUAGUAAAUUUAUUACCAAGUUGGGAAUAUGAGUUACCCCGCGGUGGCGUUUAUUACGAACUUGGUAAUACAUUUACGACUGCACGGUUACAAACUUAUUAGCAUGGCGGUGAGUUGUAUAAAGUCACCUAAUAGGUGUUACCGGAUUAUUUUGAUAUAUCCGCAUAUGCGGUAUUUCUAAAAUCAUGUUGAUACACAAAAUAUUUACUGUGAUUUUUGUGGUUUUCGUAGUCGCCAACUAGCGGCGUAUGUACCUACUGUCCUUUCGCACAGGAUUGAGCCGCGGCUAAAUACUGAGCAAUGUUAAAAACCGGGUUUACUUCUGGAGCUAGAUUUAGCCACGCUUCAAUCCUGUGCGAAUGGACAGUACAUAUAUGUUAACUGUGCAAUAUGGUUGGAUGGUGAUGAUUCAAUCACAAGAAUCACACUGGAUGUAUCACAAAUAUUAUUUGUGAUAUAUUUUUGUAAAUAUAUUUACAAAAAUCUCCCGAGAAAAUAUCUUUCUGCAUAAAAUUGGCCCAUAUUUCUGCAUAACACAUGAAAUAUGUGCCGCAUAUUCCCGUAGCAAUCUGUGCAGAAUUUUAUGUAUAACGGUUUAUACAGAGCAUAAAUAUGCACACAAAAUUAUGCAGAAUUAAUUGUGACGAAAUCUUCUGCCGAAAUGGGCAGAAACCUGCAGAAACCCGGAAGUUUUUUAUACACGCUGAUUUUUACAUUGCAGUAUUUAAUCACAGUCCGGCCAUUGCCCACUCCACCGCAGUUACAUUUUACACACAAGAAGUAAAAAGCAGGCAAGAAUGUACAAUAUCAUCAACCUUCUUUCCAGCAACCGUCGUGACCCUGUAGUAAGUAAAAACUGGUUUGGUUCUUUGUUGGCAGUGUUGUUUCAAUAAGUUGAUGGAAUAUUAUAUCAAAGCUGCUUCUCCGUUUUAAGCAGUCACACAAAUCUCUCGCAUUAUGUGACCAUGGUCUUGUCUACCUACGUGAGACGGGUCAUGUAACAAUGCAACUUGUUUAUGAUUUUAUUUAUACUGGCUGACACUCAUUGCCAUACGAUGCAUCCAGUGGAAUAAUCCAGACAGGUUAUUAUCUACAUGUACCUUUAUCCAACAAAGUAUUUUAAUUAGACGAAAAUAUGACGUACUCAACAAAUUUUGGUGUCCAAAAUAACAAUUUUUUACUGCGUGAAACACGUAUAAAUGUAACGAGGUGGGAUUGACCAUGACCAGUCACAUUUUCAAAUUAUGAGAGAGGAGAUCUCUUAAUUCAUCCAUAAUAAAACAUUGACUCUACUACAUAAAUAGGUAUUUACAAACCGCCGCUGUAACAGGAUAUUCGUACAAGUGUAGAAAACUUCACGGUGCGGUGAAAGCUUGUCAUAAUCAACCAUACGGCAGGAAUAAUAAUGAGUCAACUUACUUGGGACACCUCCCUCUCCCCAUCCCUCAUAGAUAUCCCCCUUCACACCGCCCUCGUCCGUGGCACGGAAUCCUUCCUCGCCGACCAAAACCCCACUGGAACUAUGGCACGGACGUGCACACCUUCGACAUCACUCUGCUCAUUAUGACCCUCCGUUUCAUAGGGGAACCUCCCCGUCCCGAGUUUGAGCAAAAGGUCAUCACCUACCUCACCAGGAGAGAAUUAACCCACGGCGGGUGGUCUAUCGUCCCGGACGAGGAUAAAUUCGAUCUCAGUGAAAGUGUGAAGGCAUACAUUGCCCUGAGGCAGAUGGGCCUAGCUAGAAAUUCAUCCUUUCUCACGCGUGCCCGUGACCGGAUCCUACGCCACGGCGGGGCUGAGCGGAUGAACAUCCUGUUAAAACUUUAUUCCGCCAUGACCAGAAUUAUAUCUUGGCAAGCCAUUCCACCCGUCUCGCUGGAAGCUCUGCUCAUCCCAGCAUGGGCUCCCCUUAGCUCCUACAGUGUCGGAAGUUAUGUCAGAUUGGGAUUUAUGAUCAUGAUGGUCUCCAGAAGUGUAGAUUUAGCCGAGAAGUCUCCCGUCGUAACGGAUUUUGACGAGAUAUUCAUCAACAAAGAUCACGUUUUGGAGGAUUCGCUCAUUGGACGGUUUCAGAAUCCUUAUUUGCACGCUGUAUUCAGACGAGUCAUCCCAUUAUUUGAAGUGGUGGAUAAACUAGUGCCGCGUGCCGUGAGGGAGUGGACGAUUAAUAGGGUGGUGAAAGAGUUGGACGAUAUGACAAACCCGGUCGGGGGACUGUUCGGAACCGGCACGACGACAGAAAUUUUGCUAAUUAUGUAUCAUAAACUUGGUUUGAGGGACAGUUUGAAGGCACGAGAGGCCAGAGAAGCGCUGAGAUUGAGAGAAAUUGAAGGAAUGGAGGAAGCCACGUCGACACUGUUUGAGUCCUCCGUUUGGGACACGGCCUUUAUCGUGAGGACUUUGAUGGAAUCGCAUAAGAUUGACAACGCUAGCAUGGUUGGAAUUGAGAGGGGGCUGGAUUGGCUAGUAACGCAGCAGGUGGUAAGUUUGAGGGGUCACUGGGGUGGAAAGAGACCACUGUUGCGGCCAGGUGGGUGGGCUUUUCAAUUAGGGAAUCCACACUUCCCGGAUCUGGAUGACACCUCUUCUACGGUUAUUUCAAUGAUACGAUACCAGAACCAUUUCCCUGACAUAACCAAGUACACCAUCCCCAUUUCCCGCGGGGUCGAAUGGAUUCUUGGAAUGCAGAGUGUAAACGGAGGAUGGGGUGCCUUUGAAGCAGACAAUAUUCACUAUUACUUAGAAAAUCUUCCCUUUGUUGCCGAAUAUCCCGCCGUGCUCCUGGACGCGCCCACCGUCGACAUCACAGGGAGAUGCCUGGUCGCCCUCGCCCAUGCUAGCAGGAAUCCAUCCAUCGCCGCGGAUUUCCCCUCACUACAGGCCGCAAUAGAGAACGGGGUGAAAUUUAUUUUAGCCCGACAACGCCCGGACGGUUCGUGGUGGGGAAGAUGGGGGAUGAACCAUCUUUACGGGACGCAUCUCGCCUUGUGGGGUUUAGCCGAAGUUGGCGCCAAAUACCAUGCCGGGGCAGCCGUCCAGAGGGCGAUCGAGUGGCUGAAAAGCGUGCAAAAUGAGGACGGUGGUUGGGGGGAAAGCGUGACUUCGUAUGAAAUAAACGUUGACAAGUUUGUCCAUGGAAAUAGUUCGGCAUCUCAAACGGCAUUGGUACUCCUGGGUCUGUUGGACGUGGGAGAAGAGGACAGUCCCGUGGUGCAGAGGGGACUUCGGUACCUUUUAAGAAAACAGAAGCAGGAGAACGGUUAUUGGGAUGAGAGUGUCAUGACUGGAGUAGGAAUUCCGAAUAUCAUGUAUAUUAAAUAUUUUGGCUACCCGAAGUACUUUCCGCUCACGGCGAUUGCCAAGUAUAAUCAGAUUCACGAGGCCAAGAUGGUUGGCGGGAGGAGAAGGACAACGAGGAAGUUGGGGUAGAUGAGGUGAGAGUAAAAUAAUUAUGUGGGUAACUGCCAAAUGUAAGGUUUUGCUAAGCCUUGUAACGAUAGGGUAUUACCAUGUUCCUACUUAAUCAUUGACUAAAGUUAAUAAAAUCAUUCACUCAUCAUAGGGAACUUGCACUAAUAUGUGUAUUUAGAUAUGAUUAUCAUUCUGCGAAAUUUGUAACCUACAAAUUGUAACUUAGGAAGUAUUUGAGAUAAUAAAUUUCCUUGUGGCAUGAAAUUAAUUAGAUUUACGCAAAAAGUGUGAAUCAUCAGAGGUUUCCAUUCCUCAUAAUCACAUCCAUACAUACGUGGGAAUAUACGUAUCAUAAUU